AUGGAUGAACUGAAGCUCACCAGGUGUGCACCACUUACAUACAGUAGUAAAACAGAGGUGACAGAGAACAGGGAUAACCAAAAACAAGUGGUCGAUAAAGAUCUAUUUUCAGACCUUAACUAUUCACGACAUUCAUUGAAGAGUGCUUUUCAUUGGAGAGGAAAUUCAAUCACAAAUUACUGGAAACUAGUUAAACAAAAAUCAGGUUACGAUGUGCGAUAUGGAUCCUUGGAUCUGGCAGAAAAGAACUUGAGUUGUUGGAACAAAAUUAGUGGUGACCCUGAAACUAUUGAAGAGGCUAUUUUAAACUCGAUCACUAUCACAAACAAGCAUAAAACCGUCACUGAAACAGAUUAUUUAGCAAUGACGCAAGACUGCGACAAUUUCGUUAAAAACCGCACAUAUAUCACUUUCCCGUUAAGUAACGAGGAACGCGAUUUCCCCCUGGCCUAUUCCAUGGUGAUCCAUAGCAACAUUGAGAUGUUCGAGAGGCUCCUAAGAAGCAUUUAUGCUCCACAGAACGUGUACUGUGUCCACGUGGACAGGAAGUCUCCGAAUCCAUUUCACUCCGCAGUCCAGGCCAUUGCUUCCUGUUUCAGUAAUGUCUUCAUUGCAGGAAAAUUAGAAUCGGUGACAUACGCCUCAUGGUCCAGAGUUCAGGCUGACCUGAACUGUAUGGAAGAGCUGCUGCAGAGCCCUGUCCCGUGGAAAUACCUCAUAAAUGUUUGCGGACAAGACUUUCCAACGAAAACCAAUUGGGAGAUAGUCAACAGUCUUAUGGCCGGGAACGGCUCAAAUAUUAUGGACUCAGUAGCCCCGCCAAAGUACAAAAAGAGAAGAUGGGAAUUUCAUUAUGAAAUCCGUAACGGUGUCGUCAGAACUCGGCAAAAGAAGAGUCCCCCACCCAUAAGCAGUCCCAUGUAUGUGGGGGGUGCCUACAUUCUUGUCACCAGAGAAUUUGUGAGGACUUUGUUUGUGAACCCGGAAAUCCAAGCGUUUUUCAAGUGGUCCGAGGACACCUACAGCCCCGACGAACACAUCUGGGCAACCUUACAGAGGAUGCCUGAGAUACCCGGCUCCAUACCGUACACUCCAGGACACCAGAAGAGUGAGCCAGCUGUUACCCGAGCAGUGAAGUGGUCUUUUGAGGCUGGUGAUGUAGCGAAGGGAGCCACAUAUCCGCCUUGCACAGGAAGGUACCGCCAUCUUAUUUGUGUUUAUGGGUCUGGAGAUCUACCCUGGAUCCUCCAACAGGAACGUCUGUUCGCGAACAAGUUUGAUCCGCAAGUGGACAACACAGCUGUGCAAUGCUUGGAGGAAUAUCUCCGAUACAAAGCGUUUAAUGAAACACGUUACCAGGAGGGCCGGGGGAAGGCGGAGGGUCAGAUGUGGGUCCAAGAGUCGGAAAUUCGGAGGUUCAUCUCCGAAUUAACGCUGGGUCGCAGUGUAAGCACAUCUACGAAAACUGUUCCUACUAAAAUCAAAUAUACGUUGUUUCCUUCAGAAUUUAAAUUCAUAAAGCAACAAUACUCGUCCACAGCAGAACAUGAUGAAUACCUAUGUUCGUUCUAUAACUGGACACCCUUACCAAAUACAGGACAGAACAGUGAUAAACAUACACUUUAUCUCCAGGUUUCUGUACCAGAAGUGACACUAUUGCGUCAACAGAAAGAAACUGAGAUUUUGUAUUACUCGCAGCUAAAUUGUAAUAGAAUUGCAUGA